AUGAGGACUGUAUGUGUAUACAGUAGUAAAUACUCGCUUGCUUGUGGGAACUUGUACAAUAAAGUUAUGCUUUGUACCAAGGAACUCAUAUUUCAACAAGAGUUUAUCUUGUUUGAAUUUUCAGUUGUUGGGUGCAUUAUCAACACGCCCAAAACCAACUACCUUGUGCAAUCCAUGUUCCAAAGGUGUCGAUCUUUAGUGCGCAUUGCUUCAGCUCUAUGGAUAAUGACAUAUAAUGGCCUUGAGAGUUGCAUUAUAAACAACCAGUCUUAUGAAAACGAAAGCGGGACAAGCAGAGGAGAGGGUUGUGUGAGCGACUCCUUUGAUGAUGAUGGUUGUUCAAGCUGUUCUUCCAGCAAAGAUGUUUUUGGAUCAUUUUCAUCUAAAUGGUUGACAAUGAAGAGAGAUGAACAUGGUUUGGAUGAUUGGGAGCUCGCUGGAAGCCCUCAACACUUUUAUGUGAAAGAGAAGCCGCAUUACUCCAUUCAAUGUUCAGAUGUGGAGACAAUGAAAGAAAAAUUUGCAAAGCUGUUAUUGGGGGAUGAUAUCACAGGAGGGCGUGAUGGCCUCAGCACUGCAUUGGCAUUAUCCAAUGGUAUAACAAACCUUGCAGCCACGGUCUUUGGGGAGCUGUGGAAAUUGGAGCCAUUGCCUGAAGAAAGAAAGACCAAAUGGCGAAGAGAAAUGGACUGGUUGCUCUCUCCUACAAACUACAUGGUUGAGUUAGUUCCUGCUAAGCAAAAUUGCACCAAUGGUCGGACACUAGAGAUAAUGACACCAAAAGCCCGUGCAGACAUCCACGUUAAUCUUCCAGCACUUCAGAAGUUGGACUCUAUGCUUAUUGAGACACUGGAUUCAAUGGUGAGUACUGAAUUUUGGUACUCAGAAGUAGGCAGCCGGGCAGAAGGAAGAACCAAGAGCGCAAAGCAGAGCAAGAGAUGGUGGCUCCCAUUGCCGCAAGUUCCGACAACUGGGCUUUCUGACUCGGGAAGAAAGAAACUGCUCAAUCAGAGUAAGGUGGUCUAUCAAGUAUUCAAGGCUGCCAAAUCCAUCAAUGAAACUAUUUUGCUUGACAUGCCCGUGCCAACUAUUAUCAAGGAUGCACUACAAAAGUCGGGAAAGGCAAACCUUGGUGAGGAACUGUACAAGUUGUUGACUGCAGAGUCAAACACAGCUGAGGAAAUGCUUAAUUCUCUUGAUCUAAAAUCAGAACACAGUGCUCUUGAGGCUAUUAACAAGUUGGAAGCUGCCAUAUUUGCAUGGAAAGAGAGAAUUACUGCCCAAUUCAGUAGUAAAUCUCCUGUUCGAACGUCAUGGUCAUUUGUUAAGGACCCAAUGUCAGAGUUUGACAGGUUGGAGUCACUGUUGGAGAGAGCAGAAUCCCUUGUACAGCAGAUAAAGAGCAGAUAUCCAAUCCUUCCUCUGACAUUUCUUGAUUCUACAAAAAUCCAAUACGGGAAGGACGUGGGACAUGCAAUCUUGGAAGCAUAUUCGCGGGUUCUUGGAAACUUGGCAUUCAGCAUUCUGUCUAGGAUAGCAGACAUUAUGCAUGAAGAGUCACUGACCAAUCCCAGCUCUCCUGCGGCCAUAUGUUGCUUUCCAGGAAUAAAUUCAUUAGGGUACGUGGAGACUCCAGUUCAUCUCCGUCAUUCGCUCACCGAUCAGAUGAGUAAGGUGGAUGGAAAGUACCGAAAUUCCAAUGCUACUCAUAUUUCUGAUCAGGAACUCUCUUGUGGCGAAGCCAGAACAAGCUCGGUGAUCGCAACACCAAGUCGAAGCCGAGUAUGGUGUAUUGGUGGAGAUGCUUGUAGAAGUCUGUCCGCUACAAAUUCUCCAUAA